AUGGAGACGAGCGCCUUGGCACAGCAGGUGGAGAGCGUGGAGCGGAGCGUGGCUUUCCUGCAACAGGAACACCUGGUGCUGCUCACGGGACUCCGGUUGGACAUCCUGCACCUCAGGAAGCGGUGUGCCGACCUGAGCUGUGAGCUAAGUGAGAGGUUAACCCAGAGAACCCAGGCUGACGUGGACGCGGAAGAGGAGCAGCUGGAGGCCCGUCUGCAGUCCGUAGAACGCCGUCUGGAGGAGCGCGAGUGCGGCCUGUCGGAACUGCGCGUGGAGCUGCGCCACAAGGGGGCGUUGGCGAGCGCGCUGCAGGCCCGGCUGCGCGACGAGGAGCGGCGCUUCCUGGACGAGCUGAAGCGACGCAGCCACAAGAUCACCGCGCUCGGGCGGCAGCUGAGGCAGCAGACCGACGUAUCCGCACAGCUCUCCUUCCAGCUGCACUCGGCACGCUUCCGCCUCUACCACCAGAUGGAUGAUGAUGAUGAUGAUGAUGACGAGGAUGAGGAGGAGGAGAGUGAGGAAGGCUCGCCAGAGUCGGACUGGUCACUGUCCGCCCAGGCGUCUCCGGAGGUGGUGGAGAGGCACCCCAUGCCCAGGGCGUACCUGGCCACCUCCCCCAGGUCCAGGCGCUCGGAGCGGGUGCGGGAGUGCGUGCCCCGGGCCCGGGUCCACGGGCCCGAGGAGCCCCGCGCCAUGCCCGACCCCGCCCUCUUCCUCUACCCCUUCAGACACAGGCUGCUGCCCCUGCACGCCUCGCUGAGCCGGAUCUGCCGGGAGAGCAGCCAAUCAGAGACUUCGGAGGGCCGGCGGAGCAGAUUCAGGGGCCAGUCGCCAGUGAGGGGGAAGAUGGAGCCCGACAUCACUGAUUUGUAAAGGAAGAAAAACAGAGAAAAAAUUAGAAGCAUUUAGAAGUUGUAAGGAAAAGUUUAGAGUUGUAGGGAAAGGACAAUUAUCUACUGCUAGGAUGUCUGUGAUAUCUGAUAAUCUGCCAUAAGAGUUAAAGAUAACACUUUAGAAUAGGGUUCACAUCUUAGCUAGCCUACUAAUACAUGCCUAAUGACUGUCUGUAUGGGUUACUUAAAAGACAUGUGCUAAGGUCCUACUAUGUCUGUAUUACGGUUAUAUCUUAUUGGCUGUGAAAAAGAAUACACAGCUAACUAGAAGCACUCAGAGAGCGCAGACCUCCGCCAAGGAAGCUGCUUGAUAGAACAUUUGACUAUGUUACACCCUGUCUUUCUGCCUUCUUUUGUGGAGUUAGAAACUGGAAUGUUUUGCCCUGUCCCGCAAUUCAAUUUGUGGUCACUAGGGCCGUCUAGAUUUAUAGGCCAGCAAUGGUGAAGAAUCUUCUUGAAGGUCCUGGUUCCGGUUCGUGAUCCAGAUCACCACCAGAAUUUAAUCACUUGUUCAUUGGGUCAUUACCAACAACUUGACAGAGUUUCAUGCAAAUCCAUUCAUAACUUUUUGAGUAAUUCUGCUGACAGACAGACAAACAGACCAACGUGACCGAAAACAUAACCUCCUUGGCGGAGGUAACAAAUGAUUGACACUGUCUCACAAAAGAUUUCGCUUAACACAUCUUAUAUACGGCUUAGCCUGACAGGCCAGAGUAUUCAUUUUGAAUUACUUUGUAAUCCAUGAAUGGUCUGAUUACGCUUCCCUUCUUCUCUGGGGAGGGUUUUCAGUCGGUUUUCAGACGACUGGUGUUAGUGGCCAAUAAGAGAACGCACUUGGGAGCAUAAUAACUUACGUCAUGAACAUCAACUGUCAGCAAUUGGUCAGAGCUCAUUUCAAACCAGAGCUGAACUCACUCCUCCCGCCCAAGUGCUCCAGGGCACCGAGGACCCAGACCUAACAUGAAUCAUGAAGUAAUUAAUGUGGUCUGGUAAAACCAGGCUAUUAGUGGCUAACAUGUGAACCUUAAAAUAAAGAAUUAAAUGUAUGUAAGAUCUAUACUUGAGCCUUAUUGAUACUGUGCUGUGAAGAGAAAAGACUUCAAUCACACUUAGACCUUCGGUAUUCUAUGAAAUUCUGGGGCAGUCAGAAACACCAUCAUCAUUCAUUAUAAUCACCAUCCUCCUCACCUUCAUUAUUGGCAUUGUUAAUGAAACUUACACAGUGUAAUCUUGAUACAAUCAAUGAGUCACUCACUUGAAUCUCACUGAUUUCAGUAGGUAAUACUGUGCUGGUAUGCUGGCCUUAGACUGUUAGAGAAACAUAAGACUAAAGACUGCAUAGGAAAAUGUAACAAUCUAAUAAGCUUUACUGAGAUAAGCAAAGAGGUAUGUUUAUAGAGUGUAAUGCAGUCAUGAAAUAUGAUUGUGUUAGAUUUUGUAUCAGGUGUGUAUCACUGUAUUUUGAUCAAGCCUGAAUAAGCGUUACUGUCACUUUAAAAUAAAGUAUUGCUUUAUCGUAAAGGUUAACAAAAUCUGUGGAAGUGUUCGCAGCUUUCUCAAAAAUAACUGAGUAUGAGUUGCUGUUUAGUUACCCACUUGUGCCUGUAAACCCGUUUCAUAGGAAGCCAUAUACUAAUGAUGUCCAAUGAAUGGAGUAGCAACAGGGAUGGUGUAACUCAAAUAAAACGCAUUCAAAUCA